AUGUCUUAUCCCCGGUAUUAUAAGCGAAUGACUUACGAUACUAUAUAUCCGAUUAGAAUAAUGGCGCCUGAUGAAUCGAUUAUGAUUCUGAAGCAGCAGAGUGGUGUAAUGGAUGAGAUGCAGCAGCAACCUUCACCAAGGAGUAAAAUUCUACGACGAAAAAGUAGCCGAAGGGAAAAAGAUGUCAUCAAAAUAAUGGCGCCCGACGAAUCGAUUAUGAUUCUGAAGCAGCAGAGUGGUGUAAUGGAUGAGAUGCAGCAGCAACCUUCACCAAGGAGUAAAAUUCUACGACGAAAAAGUAGCCGAAGGGAAAAAGAUGUCAUCAAGUAA